AUGGAAAAGCCAGAUCAAGGAAGUGUUAAACUCAAUUUCGAUGGUUUUGUUCGUAAUGGAAGCACAGCUAUAGGUUUUACUAUCCGGGAUGAUCGUGGGAAUCCUAUGAUUUCAGCAUGUAAGCAAAUUGGAGACGCCAGUGUCCUUGUGGCUGAAGCAACGACACUUAGAGAUGGUCUUCACAUAGUAUGUUUAAAUCAUUUAAAGAACGUGAUUGUAGAUGGAGACUCCAAACUGUUGGUGGAUAGCUUAACCGGCAAAGCAGAGGUUCCUUGGCGCAUUAAGACCCUGGUUUCUGAUAUCCUUACCCUGGCACAGCAAUGUCACUCCAUAGUUUUUCGACACAUUUUCAGAGAGGCCAAUUUUUUGCUGAUCAACUUGCUAGUUAUGGCCACACGCAUUCUACACCUGUUGUAUGGUUCCACUGUUUCCCAUUUCUGUGUCCCUAGCUGA